UCAAAACAUGGCAAUUCAUAAAACUCAUCAAACUAUAGCCAUCCUUGUCCUUCUCUUUGGCGUAUCGAGCAGCCAAAAACUAUGCCUUUCAGAAUGCAAGGCCAAAGGACCCUUCCACUGCAACAAUACUCUUACAUUCAACAGAACAGGAUUUCCCAAAAAUUUCACUUUUGGUGCAGCUACUUCUGCUUAUCAGAUUGAAGGUGCUGCACAUAGAGCAACUAAUGGAUGGGACUAUUUCACUCAUAGAUAUCCAGAAAAAGUUCCAGAUCGCAGUACAGGAGACGUUGCUUGUAAUUCGUAUGAACAUUAUAAGGAUGAUGUCAAACUACUAAAAAGAAUGAAUGCUCAAGCAUACCGUUUCUCAAUAGCAUGGUCAAGGGUCUUACCAAAGGGAAGACUUAUUGGAGGAGUGGACGAGAAUGGGAUCACGUACUACAACAAUCUCAUCAACGAGUUGAAAGCAAAUGGGAUAGAACCAUUUGUGACUAUAUUUCAUUGGGAUACUCCCCAGGCUUUAGAAGACGAAUACGGUGGCUUCUUAAGCCCACGUAUUGUGGAGGACUAUAAGAACUACGCUGAGCUUCUAUUCCAAAGAUUUGGAGACAGAGUCAAAUUUUGGAUAACUUUUAAUAAACCCUACUCUUACGCUGUCAAAGGUUACGGGGAUGGAACAUACCCACCAGGACGGUGCACUGACUGUGAAGUUGGAGGGAACUCUGGAACCGAACCUUACAUUGUUGCACAUCACGAAAUUCUAGCUCAUGCUGAAACUGUCUCUUUAUACCGCAAAAGAUAUCAGAAGUUUCAAGCUGGUAAGAUAGGAGCAACCUUGAUCGGGAGAUGGCACAUUCCACUAAACGAAAGUAGCAAUCUCGACAAGGCUGCUGCAAAACGAGCGUUUGAUUUUUCAGUUGGAUGGUUCUUGGAUCCAAUGGUAUACGGAGACUAUCCAAAGACAAUGAGAGAGUUUGCUGGAGAUAGGUUGCCGAGAUUCACAGCUCGGGAAUCAGCUUUAGUUAAAGGAUCACUUGAUUUUCUAGGGUUGAACUAUUACAUUACACGAUACACAACUGACGCACCUCCUAUUACUGAUCCUACUAAACUUAGUGUUCUUACGGAUCCACAAGUUACUAUGGGAUUCCAUCGCAAUGGAGUUCCUAUUGGUGUUGAGGCUCCUAGUUUCAUCUACUAUCCUCCAGGAUUCCGACAGAUUCUAAACUACAUCAGAGUUCAUUACAAGAAUCCACUUACUUACAUCACCGAAAACGGAGUUGCUGAUCUUGAUCUUGGAAACGUAACACAUGCAAAUGCUCUCUCCGAUCAUGGACGAAUUCAGUUUCUUUGCAGCCAUCUUUCUUGUCUUAAAUGCGCCAUUGCAGAUGGAAGUAACGUAGCAGGAUAUUUUACAUGGUCAUUGAUGGACAACUACGAAUUUGGAAAUGGUUACACUCUUCGGUUUGGUAUGAAUUGGGUCAACUUCACUAAUCCUGCUGAUCGACAAGAGAAAGCUUCUGGAAAAUGGUUCUCUAGGUUUAUCGCAAAGCGGAAACCAUUGAUGUAGAUCAAUUCCAUGUAUAUAUAGUAACCUUGAAUUUAAGAUUGUAUAGUUCUCUCUAGACAAACUAUGAGAA